UCCAGGCUUCCAGCCGUGCCCAGAUCAAUCACUAGACGCCGUGAGAGCGCCUUAGCGAAGCGAGGGUUUCGUCCUUGAGCGCGUGAGAGCGAUGGCGGUGGGGAAGAGAGAGACGGGAGCGGCGGAGGUGGUGGAGAAGGGAGGGUCGGCAGCGAUGGCGGCGGGGAAGGGAGAGAGCGGAUCUACGGUGCUGGAGAAGGGAGAGAAGGGAUCGGUGGUGGCGGAGAAGGGAUCGGUGGUGGAGAAGGGAGAGAUGGGUCCGACGGUGGCGGAGAAGGGGAAGGGAGUGGCGGAGGAGGCGGGGAAGGAGGCGGCCGACGGGGAUAUGAUCACCCUGGAGAGCGCGGAUGGGAAGGCGUUCGAGGUUUCGAAGGAGGCGGCGGCGCGGCUGUCGAAGCUCCUCGCCCAGAAGAUGAUCGACGGCGGCUGCGGUGGCGGCUGCAUCAAGCUCGAGAAGAUCGGCUCCGAGACCCUCGAGAAGGUGGUGGACUACUGCAACAAGCACGCCGACCCCGUCCCCAGCGCCGCGUCCAGCAGCAGCUUCCUCGCCGCGCCAUCCAAGGAGCUGGAGGAUUGGGACCGCAAGCUCGUCGACUGCCUCAGCCAGGAAGCCCUCUUCAACCUCACCGCGGCCUCCGACUCCCUCAUCAUGGACGGGCUCCUCGACGUCACCUGCCGCCAGAUCGCCGACAUGAUGAAGGGCAAGACCAUCGCUGAGAUCCGCAAGAUGUUCAACAUCAAGAAUGACUUCACAGAGGAGCAGGAGGAGGAGAUUCGCCGGGAGCACGCCUGGGCCUUCGGCGACGCCUAGGAGCCUUCGGGUCUCCACUUCACGCUGCGCUAACAUCUCGCUGGAUUUGCCGGCCUAGCGGUUCCGUUCUACUGUCCUUUCUUAGUUGCUUACAUCGUGCGGUGGUUCACGACUUGCUUCUUACUAGUAGUAGUUCAUAGUUGUCGGAUUCAGGCCAAGUAUUCGGUAGUAGCAUGGUCAGUUCAUCCUGUCGAAGAAAAACAGAAUCGAAUGUGUGGUGGAAGUUUUGAACUGCUUGCAUGAAGUGAUGAAUGAAUAUCAACAUCCUGAAUUGCCCGUCA